GUGACAGGCGCGGCCCAGGCAACUGGUGUGCUGGGAGAGCGAGGCCUCCGCAUCGCGGGCGGGAGAGUCCAAAAUGACGAAUGAAGAACCUCUUCCAAAGAAGGUUCGCCUUAGUGAAGCAGAUUUUAAAGUUUUACCUAGAGAUGAGCUCAUCCUAAGGUGGAAACAGUAUGAAGCAUACGUGCAAGCUCUGGAGGGCAAAUACACAGACCUUAAUUCUAAUGAUGUGACGGGACUGAGAGAAUCUGAAGAGAAGUUGAAACAGCAACAGCAAGAGUCUGCCCGAAGAGAAAAUAUUCUAGUCAUGAGGCUGGCAACUAAGGAACAGGAGAUGCAAGAGUGUACUAAUCAGAUUCAGUACCUCAAGCAAGUCCAGCAGCCUAGUGUUGCCCAACUGCGAUCAACAAUGGUGGACCCAGCCAUCAACUUGUUUUUCCUAAAAAUGAAAGGUGAACUGGAACAGACUAAAGACAAACUGGAACAAGCCCAAAAUGAACUGAGUGCCUGGAAAUUUACGCCUGAUAGCCAAACAGGCAAAAAAUUAAUGGCGAAGUGUCGAAUGCUUAUCCAGGAGAAUCAAGAGCUUGGAAGGCAGCUGUCCCAAGGACGUAUUGCACAGCUUGAGGCAGAGUUGGCUUUACAGAAGAAAUAUAGUGAGGAACUUAAAAGCAGUCAGGAUGAAUUGAAUGACUUCAUCAUCCAGCUUGAUGAGGAGGUAGAGGGUAUGCAGAGUACCAUUCUAGUUCUUCAGCAGCAGUUGAAGGAGACUCGCCAGCAGUUGGCACAGUACCAGCAGCAGCAGUCCCAGGCCUCCAACCCAGGUACCAGCAGGACUCCAUCUUCUGAGCCUACAGACCAAGGAGAGGCUGUGGGUAAAGACUGCAGCCGACUGGCAAAUGGACCAAGCAAUGGUAGCUCCUCCCAUCAGCGGACGUCUGGGCCUGGAUUUUAUAGGGAGGGUAGCGGCACAGAAGAUGACUUCCCAGCUUCUCCAGGGAAUGGUAAUAAGCUGUCCAACCACUCUGAAGAUAGAACUGGUAGAGGAAGUGGUAGCUACAUAAACCAACUCAGUACUGGGUAUGAAAGUGUAGACUCUCCCACUGGCAGUGAAAACUCUCUCACUCACCAUUCAAAUGACACAGACUCCAAUCAUGAUCCUCAAGAGGAGAAAACAGUGAGUGUGAAAGGUAACAGAACUGUGGGUUCUCGUCAUGUCCAGAAUGGUUUGGACUCCAGUGUAAAUGUGCAGGGUUCAGUUUUGUAACAUUUUUCUGCAGCAUUUUUAUACAGUGUCAUUUAAAUUGGGAGAGGAUACUGUCCAGAAGCCGUUUAAAUUAGUGCAUACUUGUCACAAUUUUGCCUUUUUGUGGGUUUCUUUUUGCUUCAAUACCUCUGCCACUUUGGAAAUUUUAACAGUUAAUUACGUUGAAUGUUGCUAAAAGGACAUUUGUGUAGCUCAAGUUAUUUUUAUAUGAGUUAAUGUGAAGUUGAAAUGGAAAUUACUUCCUUAAAGUAUAACAUAAAUGAUGUCUGUACAAAUCUGUGUAUAUCUAGAACCUGUGCUGUGUAAGGGCAUUCUUACUCAUACUGUUAUACUUGCACCACCUUCAAGAUUUGUCAUAAUAGCUGUGGGUUUAUGACUGCCAAGUUUGCCCAGUACAGUAGUUAUCACUAAAAGAUGGACUUACUGAAGGAGUCCUGUAGUAGUUUCAGUGUUAAUUACAGUUUUUCCCACCAUACAUCUGUGCAUUUGCUCCUUAGGUGACCGAAUGUUUGAAUUGUGUGCAUAGUUACUCAGUUUUUAAGAACUGUUGUAUCCUGUUUAUGCAUAUUGCUCUGUGACUCCAAUUAUCUUACCUGUACUGACCAAACCUAAAUAAACUUUUAAUAAUGUAAUUUCCUCAUUGUUCU